AUGUACGUCAAGACAGCUUCGGUCGUUGCGGUCAUCUUCGCCGCAAGCGAGGUAUCUGCUUUGCCAAAGGUACCCGAGUGGUGGAAGCCAAAAUCGUGGAAUCCUCCGCCCCAGCACCGUUUCCAGAAUGCCGAGCUCGGACCCCGUCCGCAAUACCUUGUGGCCGAUAUGGACGAAGGAUGGCUGAAGAAUCGGCUGUCCGCAUGUUCUGACGUGGAAGCUCGGCCAUCUAGGUUCAGUAUCGGUCACCGCGGCGGUGCCUGUCUUCAAUUUCCCGAAGAGACUCGGGAGUCGGUCGAGGCUGGCACGCGCAUGGGCGCUGGAAUUCUCGAAUGUGAUGUCGCUUUUACUAACGACCGCGAGCUCGUGUGUCGACACGACCAAUGCGAUCUUCAUACGACGACUAAUAUCGUCGCGACGGAACUAGGCGCUAAGUGCACGACGCCCUUUACGCCGGCAAGAGAUGGCACGCCAGCAACUGCUAAGUGCUGUACCAGCGAUAUUACGCUGGCCGAGUUCAAAUCCCUGUGUGGGAAGAUGGACGGCUAUAAUGCAUCAGCUACUACUCCGGAUGAUUUUCUUCAUGGGACACCCUCGUGGCGGACUGAUCUCUACGCUACUUGCGGCACGGUCCUCUCGCACAAAGAGUUUUUACAGCUUGUCGAUUCGCACGGGCGGGAUUUUACGACCGAGCUUAAGCAGCCGCGUGUGCCGAUGCCUUUCGACGGUGAUUACACACAAGAGAAGUACGCGCAGCAAGUAAUCGAAGAAUACCGAGCGGCGAGAAUCGAUCCAACACGCGUCUGGUUACAGAGCUUCUCGUUCGCCGACGUGGCCUACUGGCUGCGCGCUGAUCCCGCAUUUGGCAAGCAAGCAGUGUUACUAGACGAGAGCGGUGACCUUCCAGGGUCUUUCCCGGCCGCCGUAGCCAAUUUGUCGUUUUAUAAGGAUGCCGGCGUACAGAUUGUGGCGCCUCCGCUUCCGUACCUCGUUACGCUUGGAAAGGACGGCGAGUACGUGCCGUCUACGUAUGCGACGACAGCGCGGAAGCUGGGGUUAAAGAUCCUGACGUGGUCUCUCGAGCGCUCAGGACCACUCGCUCAAGCAGCAGCCGCCGGCGACUAUUACUAUUUGACUAUCGCUAAUGGUACGCAUAAGGAUGGGGAUAUGUAUAGGCUUGUUGAUGUUUUGGCGCGGGAAGUCGGUGUCGAAGGUAUCUUCUCGGACUGGUCCGCUACUGUCACCUAUUAUGCCAACUGCUUUGGAUUUUUCUAA